AUGAACUUCAUCCGUGUUCUGUCCUGCCUCACCCUGCUGGUGACAGCUGCUGCUGCCCAGCACCCCAAACCCUGUGAAUCUCCUCCGUUGAUGAGCGGCGGCCACACUGUGAUGGUUGGUGAAGGAAUAACGGCCACAGGAAAUAUCGCCUAUGAUGCCUUUGCACAGAGGGUUCGGGUUAGAGAGGUUGCGUUGACAGGCAACCACACUGCUGUUACGGAGCAGCUGAUGCUUUUCUCAGAGAAAGUCUAUUAUGAGAUUGACUGGUCGCGUGUGAAAUGCACGAAGAAGAAGCUGGACGGCUUCUUCGUUCCCAUGCACGUGCCCAAGGAUGCUAAGCUGAUGGGUCAGGUUUUCAUGGGAUCAUCCUCCUCUUGGGGAAUGGGUGUGCUGACCAACACCUGGUACGGAAGCUUGCCAGGAAACGGACUUUACUCAAAUGUCUUUACCGAGAUCGGCUGCAUCCCUUUGACCUACACCAGCUAUACCCCAGCACAUGGGUGGAUCACAGUCAGCACCUUCAACUGGGUGGUGGGCCUCUCAAACCCCAUGGACUUCGUCCCCCCUAGCAUCUGUGAAAGAGCUGAACUGGAGGAAACAGAGACAAUCGACAACUUCUUCACCGCCCUCAGAUCUCUGGCCAUAAAGAGCUAGAAACACGAGUGAAAACCUGAGAGUGUCUCCCUGAGAUAAUCACAGAUUCUGCUCCUGUCAUCAGAGCAGAGCUAAAUUUGAAAAUGAAAAGUAAAAUGAAUCACACAAACAAGAUUUCCAAAGUGGUUUUCACCUGCUGUGCCCCCAUGUAGCCACCAGACAACAAACACAACAGGAAUGCAUGUGACCCAUCAUUCGUCCGAUGUGUAGUUAUAAUGGAGGGGGGAAAUCUUGUACGUUGUGAAAGGAUAUAUUGAUCUAACGCAGUAAAAUCUAGAAGUAAACAGUUACAACCAAGUGAAGGAGGCCUUCUUAGAACAGCUCAGGUCUCGUAUUUGUUGUGUAUCUGUCUGCUUUUUACUGAAAUCCAUAAAAAGCAUUCAAAAAUA